AAAUGGCGGGAGCCUCCCCUGUGUGGAAAUUUCUCACACCCAAUCAUCUCUCUCGUUCUUCGCUCUCUCUUGGCGUCAACAUUUCACUAUUUACACUCCAAGCCCCUGCAAAAACCCUCCAAUCUUACAAAACCCCCAAAAUCUUCACCUAAGAUAGCGGAGGAGAAUUGGAGUCCUAUCGGAAAUUUCUUUCGAAUUAAUGGAGGCUGCGGCCAGUGUCGUCGCCUCACGCGGCGGUUCUUUGCCGAUGCCAUCGUCCAGGAAGGAGUGGCGUGCCGUUUCUGACCACCAUUCCGUUCGAAACGCCGGUGAUGAGGAAUUGGAAAGGUCAAAUUUGGGGCAAUCAGAUGAGAGAACAAUAUAUGAGGUACAGCAUGGAAGAGAGCCUGCUGAUGUGGACUUCUGUUCCAUCACUGUGGAUGGGAGCUUAGACAAUGACAUUUUGCAGCAGCGAAUCCACAGUAUUACUAGACAAAGAGAAGAGCUGCAACAGAUGGAGAUUGAGCUUAAAGCACAGGUGAUUGCAAGAUCUGAGAUCAUGGAAAUGCAAAACAGCUUUGAUGCCCAAAUCAAAGAGCAUGAAAAUGCUACUGCAAAACUUCAGGAACAACUUCGUGAAAGGGAACAGGCUCUACAUGAGUUAGAAAGGAGGAUGGAAGAGAAAGAUAGAGAACUGCAUGCCAUUAAAUUGGAUAAUGAAGCGGCCUGGGCCAAAGAAGACCUUCUUAGAGAACAAAAUAAAGAAUUGGCAACAUUUAGAAGAGAGCGUGAUCAUUCUGAAGCUGAAAGGGCACAACAUAUACAGCAAAUACGUGAUCUUCAAGAACAUGUUCAAGAAAAAGAGAGGCGGAUUCUUGAUUUGCAAGAACAGCAUAGGGCUGAUCAGGAGACCAUAUUUUUGAAGGAUGAACAAUUGAAAGUUUGGAUUGCACGUGUUCAAGAGAUGGAUGCCUUGCAAUCUUCUACAAACCAUUCAUUACAGGUUGAAUUAAGAGAACGAACAGAACAAUACAAUCAACUAUGGCUGGGUUGUCAAACACAGUUAGCAGAAAUGGAGAGGCUUCAUAUGAUUACCAUGCAACAGCUUCAUCUUGAGUUAGCUGAUGCAAGGGAGAGGAGUGGCUCUUACCCUGAUGAGUCACACGUAUCCCAAAAAAGUUCAAAGGAUCUAUCAAAGUUUGGUCAAAAUAAUGGAAGCCAGCUAGAUGUUAAUGUAAGUGGUGCAACAAGUGCUAAUAAUGGAGCAAUUCCAAAUGGGAAUGCAGAUAAUGCAUCAAACCAGACCAACCAUGUUGCUGGUGUUCCAAUUGCUCCAUCGUCUUUACUUGGGAUGCCUACGUACCUUCCACCUGGACAGGUGACUGUGCAUCCAUUCAUUCUGCAUCAACAAGGAAUUCCUCAUUCUAUGCCAUCACAUGUUCCUCAAUCUCAUGUUGGGCAUUUUCAUUCAAUACCAGCAAUGUCGUCCACACCAGAGUGGCAGAACCAGCAGGCUGCUGAGGGUGCACAAUUAUCCACACAGAAUCAACUUGCGUCAUCCCAAACUGAUCACAACCUUAUGAGAUCAGAUGCAAAGUAUGAGUAUGAAAUUUCUGUUAAUGGACAGGGCUUUCGAUCAGAUUAUCUUGAUGUUCACAUGAACCAAGGGACAGAGCCUGAUUCUGUUGUCUCGUCAUCGGCUGGGGAAGCACAGGUUCUUGAGCCAAUGGAUAGAAGUUACUUGGUUGCCCCUCAACCUGAGCAGAGUGUACAAAAGAUUUCUUCCCAUUUUAGUGAUUCCUUAAGACUGAAUCAACUUGAACAAAACAGUGAAACAAAGGAGCAAAAUAUUUUGAACUUGAGUGAUCAGGGACUAGAUGGCCAAGUUUUGACGGAAGAACAGCCAAGUUCUUCUGCUAGUGCAUCACUUUCUGAAACAUCAAUGCAUUCAGUUGGCGAAGCUCCAACCAGUAAUGGUGCUAGUGUAGUAUUAUCUGAAACAUUAAUCUCAUCUGCACAAACAAAUAUGGUGACCACAGGAAAAACUUCUGAGGCUGCCCUUCUUGAUGAACGAUCUCUGUUAGCUUGCAUCGUUCGUACAAUUCCAACUCGUGGUAGCAUUCGGAUCAGUUCAACGCUACCAAAUAGGCUGGGGAAGAUGCUUGCACCUUUGCACUGGCACGAUUACAAGAAAAAGUAUGGCAAGCUGGACGAGUUUGUGGCUGGUCACCCUGAAUUAUUCUGCAUUGAGGGUGACUAUAUUCAGCUUAGAGAGGGAGCUCAAGAAAUGAUAGCUGCUACAGCAGCUGUUGCUAAAGUUGCUGCUGCUGCUGCUGCAGCAUCUCCUCCUUACUCAUCAUUUUUGCCUUCUGUGGCUGUUACUCCAAUGGCACAGUCUCACCGACUCAGGAAGGUUCCAUCAAUUGACUCUAAACAUUCAAAUGGUGUUACUUUUGGUAAUGCUGGAGGCAUCUCAAAUAUAAAAAUUUUGAGCAAGUCUAAAGAAUCUCAAGAAAUGAAUGGACCAGAGUAUGAUAGAUCAAAUAUCAACAGCACACAAAGCAAGGGUUCAAUAAUUCAAGGGAGGUCUAACUCAAGCUAUGCAGGAAAGCAGCAGGGCAGGACAACUGGAGCUGCAUUAGCUUCUGGAAGAUGAGAUGUGGAAUGAUAUGGAUAAAACUUGUAAUGGGUGCUAAUUGGUGCCCUGAUAGAGGAUUUAUGGGGAUGAUCUCGUUAAUGAGUGGAAUUGGCGCACAGCUUUUGCUUAUAGAAUUCUCUAUUGGACAGUUCGCUGAUUCUCUUAUGAUUUUAUGUUUUUUUUUUUCUUUUUUUUUAAAAGAAGGGGAAGAAACAUUUGUUUUGUGUGUUUUUCUGAUCCAGAUAGAUCCAUUGAACUCUCUGCAGUGAUAUUCAUGCACAAAAUUGCAUCUGAGAGUUCUAUUUGCGAAUCUUGAAUCUUCUAUUGAAGUGAUUUUCUGAUUCUAUCUCCA